CGUCAUUGAGCUCGCUCACUCAGCGCCUCCCUUCAUUAUCGACACGAAGCCCUCUGCGUGGCACAGGCUGGUCUCCUGCGCCACCUUCGUGAGGGGCCCCUGCUUGUGUCACAUCUUGUGUCACUUGGGAAGCUUCAUUCACAACCUUGACCACCCCACCGCCACCCUCAAUCGACGCCGAUACCUCCUCAUCCUUGCCACCCCUCUGCUCCUCUCCGUUGCUGUCGCUCGGCAGCCAGAGGCUCAGCCCCACGCCGCUCCCCAGCAGCGACGUUACCACAGCCAGCUCAGCUGCGGUAGGGAUUUUGAAGCCACCGAAGUCGAGGCAUAUCUUCCCUCCGAUGAACCCCAGCACCAGACCGAUGGCCGGCUCCAGGUACUGCAGCGACGCCAGACCCUCAGCCAGCAAAAAGUACAGCGAACGGAGGCCCAGGAUGGCGAACAGGUUCGAGCUGUAUGACACGAGCACGUCCUGACAUACACACACACACACACAGGGAGGGAGGGAGGGAGGGAGACGACAGGUGACACACACAGCGGAUCCAUUUGCGCGUUUGUAGCGAUUCAUUCGUUGCUACCUGUGUGAUUCCCAGGACUGCGGGCACUGAGUCCGUGGCGAAGACGAUGUCCGACAGCUCGAUCACACACAAAGUGAGGAACAGCGGCGUGGCCACAGUCUUCAGCACCAUGUUGCCCGUCGAUGGAUCUUUCUCCUGUCAGUGACACAACACAACACAACACUGCGCACACACCGACCAGCUUCGUGGGAUCGGGUCUCACCUCGAUCUCAGUGAAGAACUUCUCGCCGUCGUAAUGGUCGCUAAAGCUCAUGAACCGCUUGACGAACUUGACAAUCUGCACACACACGCACAAGCAGAUGAAUGGAAUUCCCACAUGUGUGUCGUGUGGUGGGUGCGAGCAUCACCUGGUUGUCAGCGAGGUCCUCGUUGUCGUCCUCGUCCUUCUCACCGACGCCGAAGUAAGGCAAGAGCGUCUGGACACGCACACAGUCACAGAUGUUGCCGUCAUCGGCGUCAGCUCGCCGGCUCGCUGGCUGGCUGCCUAUAGCUGCCUGGCUGGCUGGCACGCUCACUGAAGCGCUAUUCCACAGCAGGACAGCGGCAAACACCAGGAACAGCGGCCUGAACCUUUCCAGGAGCUCAGUGCCGACAAACAGAAAAGUAAACCUGUACACGACACAAACACAACACAAACACAACGGACAGAUAUAUGCGUCCAAAUCGACCGGCUGCGGUACAUGUGUACCUCAGGACAGCUGCGGUUAGAAACCCCCAGUUCAGCACUCUCGGUUGACUCGACAGGGGCACCUUGAAGUAACUGACGACACACAUGGAUGAGACCGACGGGACGCAUUCGCCAGGUUGCGUGUCACGUCACUGACUUGAAGAUGAUGAGAAAGACAAAGAGAUUAUCCACAGACAGGCUGCAUUCGGACACGCAACGCAACGUCCAUCACACACCGGCACACAGGCAGAGUAGUGUGGUGUGGCGGAGAGAUGGACAUACGGCCGAACAUACACACCUGUACUCAGUAAGGUAGGCAGCAAAGAACUCGAGACCAGCUUCCGGAGAUUUGAACACAAAGACGCCUACAUGACCGAACCAGACAGACCCACAGUCACACAUAACGGCAGGAAAGAUGAUGGAAAGCGCCGCUCUACCUGCGCCGAAGAGGACUGCAGCCAGCACGUAGAGCGACAGGUUGCGGACAGCUGCCUGUAUCUCGCCUGCAUCGGCUUCCCCAGCCACCAAGGUGCUUCCAGGAACGUUGCCUGCGACGAGCGAGAGGCAGCAAACCGCAAGUGAGAAGAGCACAGUGACAGCUCUGCAGGCAACACGCACACGCACCUCUCCCGUACGACUGUACAAGCGCCUCAAGCUCCUGAGUAAUGAAUGACACACAAAACAUACACGAACGAAAGGCAUGACGCCGAGCAAUCCGCCGUGACUGUUGCGUCCUCGGUGCUCACCUCAGAUUCCCCGCUGCGCUUGGUCUCCACUUGACUCGCAGGAGCGGCAGCUGGGCUGUGCUCCCUUGGCUCCAUUGGUUGAGCGUUGACCUUCCUCUGCGCCCCCUCGUCGGAGGGCGACGCUGACAUUGUCAGCCGCAGAGGACCCCUUCCCCUCCAUCUGCUUUGCAGAUCCAUUGCAUCGCCCGAGGGCGCCAUCGGUCUCGGUAUUCUUGAGAGCCGUGGAGGCCUCGACAGCGACGUGACAGCAUGUCCUGAACGUAGAACGGAGUUGACGAACGAUGCACCAGAAGGCAUUUGACGCGGGAGAGCAGCUCCUUCUGCCCUCAAUAACACGCCAUCGUCUGCCCUUGCUCCUCUGCUCGACAUCCACCCAGUGCAAACGACGAGGGACAGACCGACCCAUCCUUGUCCAGCCAUCGCAGCUGUCGAAAAAUCGUCGAAUGCCCAAGAUCAACAGCAAUGACGCAUCCUCCAGGGCAGGGUCCGCAAAAAGCGCGUAUUGCCGGAAGGACACGGGCGACCAC